UGGGUAAUAUCUUAAAGAAGAGCAACAACCUAAAACCCUAAUCUUUCUCCUCCUCUCCCGGGAGCUCUAGCAUUCAGUCGUUCCUCCUCGCCUCCCUCGCGUUGUGCUCACGGUCCUUGCUCGCAUCCGCAGAUCAGGUUCUUGCUUCGGGGGAUUUUCUGAUUUUGGGCAAUUCGAUGGCGGAGGAGGCGGCGGCGGCGGCGCAGCCGUUGACGUACGUGCAGGAGGCGAUACUGAAGAAGAGGAAGAGCACCGAGGAGUUGGCGCUCCGGCGGAGGGCCCAGCUCCAGCUGCGCCAGAAGAGGUCGAAGCACUCCAAAUCGAGCGACUUCAAAAUGCCCGAGCAGUUCAUCAAAGAUUUCAGGGAGAAGGAACUUGAUCUCAUUCGAAUGAAACACAGGGUUAAGAGACGAGCACCGCCAGUAGCACCGACGAAUGCGAAGCUGCUCUUCAUUAUCCGCAUUCAAGGGAAAAAUGACAUGCAUCCAAAAACUAAAAAGAUCUUAAACAAUCUGAGACUAAGAAGAGUCCUUAGUGGUGUCUUUGUGAAGGCAACUGAAGGAAUCCUGGCGAUGCUGCAAAAGGUGGAGCCGUAUGUCACGUAUGGGUAUCCUAAUCUUACAAAUGUGAGGGAGCUUAUUAUCAAGAAGGGAUUUGCAAACAUUGACAAGCAGAGGGUUCCUUUAACGGACAAUAACAUCAUUGAGCAGGAAGUGGGCAAGUAUGGCAUCUUAUGCACAGAGGAUAUAGUCCAUGAGAUCGCUAAUGUGGGUCCACAUUUUAAGGAGGUUACUAGCUUCCUGUGGCCUUUUAUGCUCAGCAAGCCAGAAGGAGGCCUAAGGAGAACUAAAAGAAUGUACAAGGAUGGUGGAGAAACUGGCAAUCGAGAGGAUCACAUCAAUGAACUAAUCAGGAAACUGAACUAGCGUAGGCUGAUCUUUGCUUGUGAAGACAGACUUGGACUAGUACCACAGUUUUGUUGGCUCUUACCUAAAUUUUGAAAUUAAUGGUAGUGGUCUUGCUUUCUUCUGUCUGUUGCGAUAAAACUCAAGUCGAAUGCUGAGUAUGUGGUGGUUGCAUUCCGUUUGUGAUUUCAGAAUAUCUCAGCAGCUAGCUAUCUUAAUGUUCUUUCUUAUGAAUCGGAACCAAGAAAUAUAUCCUCAAACAAUCAUGGUGCGGAAUGUACUCUAUGCAAUUAUAUGAGGAUUUGGCCGUGUCUUCGAUUAUGACAAA